UUUAUUUACAUUUGUUUUCGGUCACAAUCAAAUCGUUUAUUUCAUCAGUGUAGCGAUACUUAUGGACCAUUACGAUCAUCUAUUCGGUGACACGCUCGCGCAGGAGGAAAAUGAGGGAGAAAUUCCAUCGGACGAUGAACUUCCAGCCGACGAUGUCGGAGGCGACGGGAACGACGAUGGCACGGGUGGUCCUCCGCAACCGAUCAAACUGGAACCGAAGAAAAAGACGGUGCGCAACCCGCGAAACAUGCUAAACGCGGCUAAACUGAGCGGACCGCGUGGUAUUAUCGGCCUGCAAGAUCACUUCAAAGACUUCCGGUUUCGAGGGAAGGGCUACGAGCUGGCCGAUUUGGAUAGUAUGAUGCGCCGGUACGAGCACUGGGCGCACCGAUUGUACCCCAAGUACCACUUCGACGAUUGUGUGGCCACGAUCGAGAAGCUCGGUAACAAGAAGAUCGUGCAAGCUUACAUGAACAAAUACCGUACCGGGUUGUUGCAGCAGGAGAUUGAUGAAGCGGCCGCCAACCGGUCGGACGAUGAUGACGAUGGGGAUGAGGGUGUUGUGAACCACCGUUUUAACCUACCGUUGGACCCGUUGGACAGCAUGCUGGACGAGCAGAUCGCAAUCUCACGGGGUAGAACGUCGUUGGGUAACACCUCCGGCAUUGCAGAUAUUUCGAUGGACACCACGUUCGAUACGAUAAGAAAGGACAAGGGUUUACAGGAUGGCAACAGCAGUGUUGGGCCUAAAGUUGUGCCUCCGGAGAGUUCGGUCAGUGUUAGCGAUGAAUUGAAGGCGAAAAUAGAGGAAAACCGAAAGCGAGCUUUAGAGAUCCGUAAAGCCCGGCAAUUGGCUCAAGCGCAAGAUGUAACCGGAAAGGAAAACGUAGAAGCUGUAAGUGGUGAGAACGAUGGAUCUUUUUUGUAAAUCAAAUGAAAAUAAAUAGCUUAGUAUUCUUUUAUCUCCA